AUGGACCUUCAACUUCAACUGAACGGAGACAAGUCCGCCUAUAGCAAUCAUGAGGUCGUGUCCGGCGAGCUGGUCUUGCGUAGCGCCAUCCCGUUACAGAUAUCUGGAAUCGUUGUCACACUGAAAGGGAGCGCCAGGUCAUCGUUGAAAGACGAACGUUUUGCCGAGCAGCACGAGCUCUUUCGCCGACGCCAACGAGUGUUUCCUCCCCCAGCCAUUGCCCAGUUUCCUGAUCAUCCCGGCUUAACGGUCGGUGCAGGUACCCAUCGCUUUCCGUUUUCAAUUCCCGUGAGUUUGCGAUCCAGCAAGGGUCCCGCGAGAAAACGGGCUCUCUUCUCUAUUUGGAAGCUGACGAGCAUCAAGUUCUCUCAAGUCUCCGAAUGUUACAAAACCGAGGAUGGCGACACGUUGGACGUGACAUGUACUAGCGGCAUCCGAUGCCCUCGACCACCUCCACUAAUGCACCUUCUACGACGACUUCCUCCAUCAACAGGCCCCAUUGGCACAUCUGGCGAGAUAAAAUUUACCCUAGACGCAGAAGUCACACCCGCAGGACGUUUCAAGUCGCGUGAGAGAACAAGCUGUAUAAUUGCCUUCCAACCUCUUUCCGACUCUCUUCCUCUCCAACCACCUUCUAAACAGAUCCAAUCCGUAACCCUGGAUCCCGAGAUUCUGGGUUCUGCUCAGCCCGUCUCAUUCCACGUCGAGACGCGCUUAGCGCAUGGCCCGUGCCUAUUGCGCGGGCAGCCCAUUCCGCUACAAGUCGCCCUGACACGCACCAGUCCCUCAUCAUGCUCCGUGCAACUCGAUGACUUUCAAACCAUGCUCGUUGAGACGACCCAGGUCCGAGUACGGGAGGAUGUCGAGCACGUGGCGCAAGUCUGGGUCGUGCAGACCGUGGCUAAUUUAGAGCAAUCGAUGCCGUUCUUCGAACAUAGUCAGGACCGACGACCUGUGUGGGUGUCGAGCGAGCUCUGGCAAAAUCAUCCCCUGCCGGAAGGGGCGACGUCUAGCUUUGAGACCUGUAAUUUGCGUCGCACGCAUCGGCUAGAGGUUAGACUUGGAUUUCGAUUUCAGGUAUCCCCGAUGUUACCUUCACGACUGGUCGUCUUUGUUUUCUGGUUUCCUAUCUACCUGAUCUCUGCAUCUUCGGCGAAAUCACCGGGGGCGAGAGAAAAGAUGGGCUGCGAAGUGUACGAGGACGCUGUGUACAAAGAGGGUUUGUUAAGGAAGUCGGCGGUUCGAAAUAGAGCAGUGGAAGUAGAAGAUAACCGGCGCCAUUCCAUUGAAUCUGAAUGCUGA